CGCACCGCAUGCGCAGGAGGGCAGGUGUCGCCGGCAGCCGAGGGGCAGCCGAGGAGCCGCCGGGAGCAUCGUGGCAGCCCUGCGUCCUCAUGGUGCUGUGUCAGGGCGGAGAGGGCGACGCUGCUCCGGCAGCGGGCGGGAAGGAGUCGGAGGUGCCGCCGGGCCGUGAGGACGGAGCGGGUGCGGUGCAGCCGUGCCUGUGCCCGGCACCCGGCGUCGAGGCGGCGAGCGCCGAGGAGCGCUGCGCUUGCGGCUGCUGCUCGGGCAUGUCCUGGCCGUGCUGCUGCGAGGCACCUGGGACAAAGAAGAAAGCUGCGUGCCCAGGACUUGGUCUGUUUUAUACCAUACUGUCUGCCUUCCUUUUCUCACUGGCCUCUUUAUUUCUUAAAAAAAUAGAAGAUGUACAUUCAGUGGAAGUGAGUGCAUUUCGAUGUGUUUUCCAAAUGGCAUUUGUUCUUCCUGGUUUAAUAUACUACAAAACAGGGUUUUUGGGACCAAAAGGUAAAAGAAUUUUUCUUUUCUUCCGAGGAUUCCUUGGUUCUACUGCAAUGGUUCUUCUCUACUACGCUUAUCAAGUCAUGCCACUAGCUGAUGCCACUGUUAUAACUUUUACCAGUCCUGUUUUUACAUCAUUACUGGCAUGGAUCUUUCUCAAAGAGAAAUACAGCCUUUGGGAUCUUCUGUUUACCCUCUUUGCAAUCACUGGAGUGAUUCUUAUUGCCAGACCACCAUUUCUGUUUGGGUCACAUGUUACGGGGAUUGAAGGAAGUUACACAGAUCACCUUAAAGGAACUAUAGCAGCAAUUACAAGCACGUUAUCUGCAGCUUUGACUAUUGUUAUACUAAGGAAGGUGGGAAAAUCUGUGCAUUACUUUUUGUCAAUUUGGUAUUAUGCAGUCAUUGGAUUAAUUGGAUGUGUUAUAGCAUUGUUUGUUUUGAAUGAAUGGCGUUUACCACACUGUGGCAGAGAUAGGGUUUUUCUAAUAUUAAUAGGCUUGUUAGGGUUGGGGGGUCAGGUAUUUCUCACAAAAGCAUUACAGAUAGAGAAAGCUGGACCUGUAUCAAUCAUGAAAACAAUGGAUGUGGUGUUUGCUUUUAUUUUACAAGUUCUUUUUCUCAAUCAUCUCCCAACUUGGUGGACUGUGGGUGGUGCCCUUUGUGUAGUAGCCAGUAGUUCCGGAACUGCCAUUCGUAAGUGGCGACACAGCGUGAAAAAACCUAAACAGAGGGAAAUCUAAUAAUAGAGACACUAAUUCAUUACAGAAACAAGCAAUCUUGAAAUAUAUAUAAAUACAAUAUUUAUUUUUAUUUAAGUAUCCCAUUUACCAAAUUGUAGUACCAAAUUAUAUCCAAUAAAAUAAGCUGACUUUUUUUUAACCAAAACUGAAGAUAUUUUAGCAACUGAGGAGGUAUAUACUUUCCUUUCUUAUAUUUAGGCAUGCUCAUAUGGGCGGUAGAUACUUAAAAUUUGUUGCUUCCUUUCCAAAGUGGACAAUAUUUAUUUUCCUAAAUUUCCUGACUCUCUACUUCUUAGAUGCUUUCUUUAUUUUUCAGAGCAAUGGAAAUAAGUCUCCCAGACUUAAUACCAUUCUGUGCUUGAUUACCACAGGGAUUGCAGUACAAAAGUUAGAAGGGAAUGAAGAGUUGAUAAUCCUUAAACAACCAGCUUUUAUAGAACAGAUAAAGCUUGUUCUUCUACAAGCUUUCUAAUUAUUAUUUUGCACAAAACAGAUGCCAAAUGUGGAUUUAAUUUUAAUUUGGAUUCUAAAAGAACAAAAGCAAUUUCAUUUUUCCAAGUAAUACCAAGGGAAAAUUAACUUGUGAAAAUUACCUAUCAGCUUGGCUUUUUUUAAAAAAGAAUUUUAAGUGUUUGCACUUACCUUACCGACAUAGUGAAACAACCUAAUCACCUUUUUUUUUUUUUUUUUCAAAUGUGAUUUUCUCAAUAAACAUGUCUUUAGUUGCUGCAGUCUCAGUGAUGAGAGACAACAGUUAAUCCUGUACCACUCAUAAAUAAGCCCUUUCUUGUGGUAUGGAAUGCUGCACUGUAGCUGCACUUUUCUGUAUUCUAUGCAAAAGAUUGUAUUUUUUAGGUAUUUAAUAUAGUUUAUAUUUAAUGCUGCUUAUGACUCUUUUUAGAUCUUCUAUACAAUAGUUCUUUAUGAGAUGAAGUUUGAGUCUCUUUUGCCUUCAUAAAGUUAGGAGGAUUUACAGUAAAGCUUUUGCCAGUUUCCAAAGAAUGUACAAGCCUGCAAUCUAAUUGCAGUCUCACAGAAAAUGGGGGUUGGCCAAGGUCGUACAGAGGUUCUACAGAAAAGGUUUGAGGAAAGCUUGGUGUAAGGAUGAAGCUAUGCAUACACAUCACAUUCAGGCAUCCACACUACAUCAGACAGUGCUAGUGGGCAACUUGAAUCCCACUUCUCCAGCUGGCCCUUUUAAGUCUGCAUUUAUCACUUCUCUUGCACAUCUUCUUUCUUUUGUAGGCUUUAUCUUGAAUGCAACAAAUACUAAAGAAAAAUACUUGUAUUACUGGUCUUGGUGUCCUUCAUGUUUCAGGAGGACUAAAUGUUUAGUAUCAGAAAGUGGGAUUUUCCCAAGUUGAAUCUUACAUAGUUUUGGAUCUUGUCUCAGUAGAGUUGAAAGAAAAUUUUAACUUGAAUCUUGAUUUGGUUCUUUGUAUCAUGGGGACGUUUUCAGUUACUUACUCACUCUAGUGUUCUUCUAAAAGAGAAUGCUGUGUUUUGUACACUUGAUAACAUGAUUUUUUCAAAAUCACUAA